AUGACGCCCGCUACGGGUGGUACUGUUGUAAGUGUGACGGAGCAAGCUGACACUGUGCCAGGCAAGUCGGUGAAGACCGAGGUGUUCCGCUCGGAGAGACCGGACGGCAGCAUCGUGACCAAGACGGUCCGCACGACGACUUGCACCACGAAGCCUGCGGACGGCGAGCUCGUGACGACGAUCGAGGUGGAAACGACGACUGAAACGGAAUCCCCGGACGGCACGACGAGCACUACAGUGGCGACGGAGACCUGCGAAGAGACGGAGACGGAGGAGAGCAGCCUCCCAAUGACGCCCGCUACGGGUGGUACUGUUGUAAGUGUGACGGAGCAAGCUGACACUGUGCCAGGCAAGUCGGUGAAGACCGAGGUGUUCCGCUCGGAGAGACCGGACGGCAGCAUCGUGACCAAGACGGUCCGCACGACGACUUGCACCACGAAGCCUGCGGACGGCGAGCUCGUGACGACGAUCGAGGUGGAAACGACGACUGAAACGGAAUCCCCGGACGGCACGACGAGCACUACAGUGGCGACGGAGACCUGCGAAGAGACGGAGACGGAGGAGAGCAGCCUCCCAAUGACGCCCGCUACGGGUGGUACUGUUGUAAGUGUGACGGAGCAAGCUGACACUGUGCCAGGCAAGUCGGUGAAGACCGAGGUGUUCCGCUCGGAGAGACCGGACGGCAGCAUCGUGACCAAGACGGUCCGCACGACGACUUGCACCACGAAGCCUGCGGACGGCGAGCUCGUGACGACGAUCGAGGUGGAAACGACGACUGAAACGGAAUCCCCGGACGGCACGACGAGCACUACAGUGGCGACGGAGACCUGCGAGGAGACGGAGACGGAGGAGAGCAGCCUCCCAAUGACGCCCGCUACGGGUGGUACUGUUGUAAGUGUGACGGAGCAAGCUGACACUGUGCCAGGCAAGUCGGUGAAGACCGAGGUGUUCCGCUCGGAGAGACCGGACGGCAGCAUCGUGACCAAGACGGUCCGCACGACGACUUGCACCACGAAGCCUGCGGACGGCGAGCUCGUGACGACGAUCGAGGUGGAAACGACGACUGAAACGGAAUCCCCGGACGGCACGACGAGCACUACAGUGGCGACGGAGACCUGCGAAGAGACGGAGACGGAGGAGAGCAGCCUCCCAAUGACGCCCGCUACGGGUGGUACUGUUUGUAAGUGUGACGGAGCAAGCUGA